UGAAUCUUUCCUUUCUUGGCGAUGUGAGGCCACCCAGACUGCAUAUCCAACCACCCAUCCCCUCUUGGUGGUUCGUACGAGUCGUGAACCGUUUAAAAAAGCGUACCCCUUUGUCUUAGUUGCGCCUGACCUUUUGACUUCUGCUGGUCUUAUUUCAUCGCGCCGUAGACUCUUUACCAUGGCGGCGAGCGCGAAACGAAAACAGGAGGAGAAACACCUGAAGAUGCUGAGAGAAAUGACGAGUUUGCCCCCCAACAGAAAGUGCUUUGACUGCGAUCAGCGCGGCCCAACCUAUGCCAACAUGACUGUGGGCUCCUUCGUGUGCACCUCAUGUUCUGGCAUCUUGCGAGGACUGAAUCCACCCCAUAGAGUCAAGUCCAUCUCCAUGACAACCUUCACACAACAGGAAAUUGAAUUUCUUCAAAAACACGGAAAUGAGGUAUGUAAACCAAUCUGGCUUGGUCUUUAUGACGACAGAACCUCUUCAGUACCAGAUUUCAGGGAACCACAAAAGGUCAAAGAGUUUCUUCAAGAAAAAUACGAGAAGAAAAGAUGGUAUGUACCUCCUGAGCAAGCCAAGGUAGUGGCGUCCGUCCAUACUUCCAUCUCUGGGUCAUCGAACAGCAGCACCAGCAGCACCCCAGAGGUUCGCCCCCUCAAAUCCCUGUUGGGGGAGGCGGCUCCAGCGCUGCACCUCAGCAAGAACACCUUACCAAACCAGUCUCCAGUGGUGAACCGUGCACACACACAUCAACAGCAGUUCCAACACGAGAAGAAGUUUGACCUCCUCAGUGACUUGGGUGGAGACAUCUUUGCCGCCCCGCCAAACGCAGCCGCCGGCUCUGGUUUUGCAAACUUUGCACACUUCAACAGCACUACAACGCCGCAGAGCACCAAAGCAGACGCAGACUUUGCUCAGUUUGAUGCUUUCGGGAGCUCUUCUGGGUCCAUGAGCGGUUUCCCCCAAGCAGCCCAGGCUCCAUUUCAGCCCCCAAAGCCAGCGGCGACUGCGCUGUCCUCCAGCUGCAGCGUGGGCGCGUUUGCUGCUGCUCUGCCUCUCCCAAGCGCACACAGUAGUGCCUCUGCUGGACUAGCAAAUGCUAAUUUUGCUCAUUUUGACAACUUCCCCAAAUCGUGUAGCGCUGACUUUGGACCCUUCAGUUCCUCCUCCCAGAGUAACUCCGCAGGAGCUGGCAAAGACGCCGUUCAGAGUAAUGGCGUUCCUGCUGAUAAGUACGCAGCUCUGGCUGACCUGGAUAACAGAUUUAGCUCUGGCAAAACAGAGCAAGGGGCUGGUAUCCCUGGAGGUGUGAGCUCUGCCGCCACAGCGACAGCUUUGCCUCCGAAACCGCCGGCCGGUUCAAUGGGAGGAGACCGCUAUGCUGCGCUGGCUGAGCUGGACACCGUCUUCAGCUCCUCUGCUCCUGCCACCAUUGUCUACAACACGUCCAGCACCUCACAAGGAAGUGUUUUUGGCUCAGAAACGGGAGUAUCAACAGCACAACAGACCAUGCCUGUCAUGCCUCAAAGCUUUGGAGCACAGUCAACCAAUCCAUUUGUAGCUGCUGGUGUCGCUCCACCAGCAGCAGCAGCAGCCGCCGCCGCUGCCGCCGCCGCAGCUCCCACCAACCCAUUCCAAUGCAACGGCAGAGUGGCGCAUGUUGCAGCUGCAGCAGGCCUGAUGGGGGUUCUUCAGUGGCAGGGCUAUUCUCCAUCCUUUGCAUCCUUUGGCACAGGCUCCAUGAGUAUGCCCUCUGGGUUUGGGAAUCCUGCAGCCUUCAACCUCCCCACCAGCUUCAGUGGAACAUUCCAGCCCCAGUUUCCUGGCCAGGCUCCCUUCCCUCAGCCUCCAGCGUUUCCCCAGCAACCCAACGGCGGAGGUUUCCCCGCCUUUGUUCCAGCUAAACCCAUGGUGACUCCUUUUGGACAGCCGAUGCCAGGACCUGGAGUCCCUAACAAUCCUUUUCUGGGCGUGGCUCCACCUGCACAGUACCCAGCUGGAGGCUCCUCCACCAACCCCUUCUUAUAGCGCUCCCUCUUGCCCUCUGCAGGCUCAACGACUGGCUCUUGCACCUCUUGCACUGUUUCUUUUUGUUUUUGUUUUGUUUCACCAGUAGCUUUAAAAAAACGUUUGUAAGAGUUUGCAUCUUCUAUGGCAGAGUGUCACAAGCGUGGCUGCAAAACGAACUGGUGGCACGUUCGACGGUGGAGGUUGAUCCUCUCGUCCCUGAUGUACCUGUGAAACUGGCCUGCUCUCUUCUGAGCCAUCGUCUGUAAUCAAACUGGCUGAAAAGAAAAAUAACUUAUUGCAUACAGUAUAUCCUAUUCAUUAUGCUGCAGUUCUGUAUGUGUUCCUUUUUAGAGACGAUCUCUUUGUUCAUAUCAGUAUUUGUAAAGACAUCCAGGGUUUGUUGCUGGGGUUACUGCUGGUCACUGCAUUUGUAAACAACCAAACAAAGAUGGGGGGGGGGGGGGGGGGGGGGGAUUGUUUAACAGAAACACAAAAACCUCUUUUUGUGAAAAUAUGAAAUCUGUGAAUUUGGCAUCAGAGCUGUGGGCGUGGCGUUCAUCCUCUUCCCUCCCUGAAUGACCCCGGCCCCCACCCGGGAGCAGGAGUGCUCAUGGACUUAACAUCAUUUUCAAUGGAUAGUAAAGAAUUUUAAGUUAAUUUGUAAAUAUAUAUAAAUAUAUAUAUUAAAAUGAAUUUUAAAUAAAAUCAA